AUGACUGCCAUACGAGAUCGAAACGUUCUCAUCACUGGAGGUGCAUCAGGCCUUGGGUUGGGCUUUGCCCACGCAUUGGCAUCGCUAGGAGCGAGAAUCAUCAUUGCUGAUUCGAGCGUGGAGAAUGGACAAGCUGCCGAGCGACAACUCAAAGACCAAAAUCACAAGUGAGAAAGACCAACGAAAAACGAAGACAUGUCAAUACCAACGCUUCUCGCAGAGCAACAUUCGUCAACGUGGAUGUCACUUCAGCGGCUUCUGUAGCAUCCAUGAUCAAGGCCGCACUGGCGUGGGUACCUGGAGGUGAAGCAAUCGAUGCUGCAAUCCUGAGUGCUGGAGUCAACGGCAAUCCAUUUGAUCUCUCCCCGGAGGAUCCUUCUGCUCUAUCCACACCCGAAGCAUGGCAAGCGGUGGAGCGAAACGCGAAGACGUUGAAUGUCAAUUUGACAGCAGUCUUGCAGUGCGUCCAACUCGUUGUCAAGUACGGUAUGGGCUUGCCCACAUCGCAAUCUCAGUCAGCACCAACUUCUGCCAAAGCGAGUGUCAAGUCGAUCACUUUGAUCGGAUCGCUUGCCUCCUACCGCGCCCUUCCUCGGGCCGUGGACUAUAGCGCCUCCAAAUGGGGCGUCAGAGGAGCUUUCCGUUCACUUCGACAACAACUUCCAAAGAUUGGAGUUCGAAUCAACAUGAUCGCACCUGGGUUCGUCAAAACACCUUUGCUCGCUCACACGAUCCCAAUGUACGAGCAGAUUGGUGUUCAUUUUGUCGAGGAAGCCGAUGUGGUGGAGGCGACGGUGAAGGUGGUGAGUGAUGUCACUUGUUCUGGCAGAGCGUUCGCGGUAGGCUCCCAAGGAGCCCUGGAGCUUCAUGACGAGGCGGGCGGCAUGGACGCCUCCACUGCUGUCAAUGAGUUACUGGAGAAGGGUGUGUUUGGCACACCAAGCUGUCCAAUGGGACGGGAUGAGCAGACCGUUCAUUUCCAAUAG